UAUUUCUGUAAAUCCAUGGACCUUGCUGUCUGGGAGCAACUCAGAAGAAUGUAUGUCAACAUCUGCUCCAGAACAACUGCAUGUGCCAGUUGGCAAGGCAGUGGGGAGAAGUGGGAAGAGGAUCCUUCAAACCAGAAAUGUGGAAGAAAGAAAACAGUGUCCUUCAGCAGCAUGCCGUCAGAGAAGAAAAUAAGCAGCGCUAGUGACUGUAUCAGCUUUAUGCAGGCUGGCUGUGAACUGAAGAAGGUUCGUCCAAAUUCCCGGAUUUAUAACCGUUUUUUUACUUUGGAUCCUGACCUGCAGGCUCUUCGUUGGGAGCCUUCCAAAAAGGACCUUGAGAAAGCCAAGCUCGAGAUUUCUGCUAUAAAAGAAAUCAGACUAGGGAAGAACACAGAAACGUUCAGGAAUAACGGACUUGCAGAUCAGAUUUCUGAGGACUGUGCGCUGUCAGUAAUUCAUGGUGAGAACUAUGAGUCCCUCGACCUGGUUGCCAAUUCAGCUGACGUGGCCAAUAUUUGGGUAUCGGGAUUGAGGUACUUGGUUUCCCGUAGCAAACAACCCCUGGAUUUGAUGGAAAGCAGCCAUAAUACCCCACGGUUUGCCUGGCUGAAAACUGUCUUUGAAGCAGCAGACGUUGAUGGUAAUGGCAUAAUGUUAGAAGAUACAUCUGUGGAACUAAUAAAGAAGCUUAACCCCACCUUAAAGGAAUCAAAAAUUAGAUUAAAAUUCAAGGAAAUCCAGAAGAGCAAAGAGAAACUGACAACACGAGUAACAGAAGAGGAAUUUUGUGAAGCAUUCUGCGAACUUUGCACUAGACCUGAAGUUUAUUUCUUACUUGUGCAGAUAUCUAAAAACAAAGAGUAUCUAGAUGCCAAUGACCUCAUGCUGUUUUUAGAGGCUGAGCAAGGAGUGACCCACAUAACAGAAGAAAUGUGUCUAGAUAUUAUACGCAGGUAUGAGCUUUCUCAAGAAGGACGUUUGAAAGGUUUUCUUGCAAUUGAUGGAUUUACUCAAUAUUUGCUGUCCCCUGAAUGUGAUAUUUUUGAUCCUGAGCACAAAAAGAUUGUCCAAGACAUGACACAGCCCUUGUCGCAUUACUACAUCAAUGCAUCUCACAACACAUAUCUAAUUGAAGACCAACUCAGAGGGCCAGCUGAUAUCAAUGGUUACGUCAGAGCUUUAAAAAUGAGUUGUCGGAGUAUUGAACUAGAUGUCUGUGAUGGCCCAGAUAAUGAGCCCAUUAUUUGUAACCGUAACAACAUGACAUCGCCACUUUCAUUUCAAAAUGUUAUUGAGGUGAUAAACAAAUUGGCUUUCUUUGCAUCAGAAUACCCUCUUAUUCUAUGCUUGGGGAACCACUGCUCCGUACAACAGCAGAAGGUUGUGGUACAACACAUGAAAAGGAUCUUUGGAAACAAACUCUACACGGAGACACCUUUAUCUUCAGAAGCCUACCUCCCAUCACCAGAAAAACUGAAAAUGAAGAUCAUUGUAAAGGGGAAGAAGCUGCCCUGCAACCAGGAUGUACUAGAAGGGGAAGUCACAGAUGAAGAUGAAGAGGCUGAAAUAUCCCGGAGACUGUCAGAAGACUUCUCAAGGGAACCAAAGCUGAUCUGGCUCUGCAGGGAGUUAUCUGACUUGGUGUCCCUAUGCAAAUCUGUUCAAUACAAAGACUUUGAGACGUCCAUGAAAGCUCAAAAUUAUUGGGAAAUCUGCUCCUUUAGUGAAGCAGAAGCCAGUCGAAUUGCAAAUGAAUACCCUGAGGAUUUUGUCAACUACAACAAAAAGUUUCUUUCCAGAGUGUACCCGAGUGCCAUGAGGAUAGAUUCCAGUAAUUUAAAUCCUCAAGAUUUUUGGAAUUGUGGUUGUCAGAUAGUGGCAAUGAACUAUCAGACUCCAGGACCCAUGAUGGACCUGCAUACUGGCUGGUUUCUACAGAAUGGUGGAUGUGGGUAUGUUCUCAGGCCUUCAGUAAUGCGUGAAGAAGUGUCUUAUUUCAGUGCAAAUACAAAGGGCAUUGUUCCGGGGGUCUCUCCCCAAGUUCUACAUGUCAAAAUAAUCAGUGGACAGAACUUUCCAAAGCCCAAAGGUGCGUGUGCAAAAGGGGAUGUCAUAGAUCCCUAUGUUUGUAUAGAAAUACACGGGAUUCCUGCAGAUUGCACUGAACAAAGAACUAAAACUGUUCAGCAAAACAGUGAUAACCCAAUUUUUGAUGAGAGCUUUGAGUUCCAGAUCAAUCUACCAGAGUUGGCUAUGAUCCGUUUUGUUGUUUUGGAUGAUGACUACAUCGGGGAUGAGUUCAUAGGCCAGUACACCAUCCCACUGGAGUGCCUGCAGCCUGGAUACAGGCACAUACCACUGCGGUCUUUUGUUGGCGAUAUCAUGGAGCACGUUACACUUUUUGUUCAUAUUGCAAUAACCAAUCGAAGUGGAGGUGGAAAGGCCCAAAAGCGCAGCCUCUCAGUGAGAAUAGGAAAGAAAGCAAGGGAGUACACCAUGCUGAGGAACACUGGGCUCAAGACUAUCGAUGACAUUUUUAAGUUGGCCGUCCAUCCACUACGAGAGGCUACCGACAUGAGAGAGAACAUGCAGAAUGCCAUGGUGUCCGUUAAAGAGCUGUGUGGGCUGCCACCCAUUGCAAGCCUGAAGCAGUGCAUCCUGACCCUGUCCUCGCGGCUCGUAAGCAGUGAGAAUGCACCUUCUGUUACCCUCUGUAUGAAGGACGCGUUUCCUUACCUAGAGCCUCUGGGGACCGUGCCUGACGUGCAAAAAAAGGUUCUGGCUGCAUAUGACCUGAUGAUUCAAGAGAGCAGGGUUCUUAUCGAGACAGCAGACAUCACUCACGACAAGAUCGUUCAGUGUCAGAAAGCAGGGAUGGAAUUCCAUGAAGAGCUUCAUAACCUUGGGACAAAGGAAGGUUUGAAAGGAAGAAAAUUAAGCAAAGCCAUUGAAAGCUUUGCAUGGAAUAUCACAGUGCUGAAGGGCCAAGGAGACCUCCUGAAGAAUGCCAAGAAUGAAGCCCUGGAAAACAUGAAGCAGAUCCAGCUGGCAUGCCUGUCCUGCGGACUGAGCAAAACUGGAAGUGCGCAUGCAGAUGCAAAGUCAAAACGGUGCCUAGAAGCGAUACAAGAGAAGGAUACAGGAGAUGAAAAUGGGAAGCAGUGCUAGGACGCAGAGUUGUCAUGUUUGUCACAGAUUUCAAUAGCUCUAAACUAUUUUUUUAAAGCUUUUAGAAAUUCACACAGGAAUGCCCUGUACAGGGUGUUAAUAGUAUUAAAAUCCUCACAAUAUCAGUAUUUUAAUGCAGUUAAUUUAUGUAAGUUGAACUCCAGUAGUAAGAUUUCUAAUGAAACCCAGCUGUCUGUACACAAGUGCGCGUGUGCGCAUAUGCAGAUCCUGUAAACACCGUUUUAUGCAUUACAUUAGUCAUUUACUUAAUUUAUUCCUUUGUUGUCUUUGAAUAGGCCUGUUCCUUCUGAAGAUCAAAACGAAUAGAGAGUACUUGUAUCAGCUUUUGUGCUUUAUUUUACUCUCCAACUUCUAUCAUUCAACUUAUAGGUUAUUAUUAUUGUUAUACUGUUUAAACAGACAAAAUAUGUCAACAAAUGUCAUUAGCUACUGUUUUUGUGAGGGCAAAAACAAUGGUUUGCUGCAGAUCCUGAACAUGAUUUUUAAUGGACAAUUUAAAUAGAGAAGAUAUUAAAUGGUCAGAAUUGCUAAGUAGAUUGUGAUUAGAUUUCAGAUGUACAUUUCAUUGAAUUUUAGCAAACUGCUCUUUGGGAUACAUCCAGAUAACACAUGCUAACAUGAGAACUAGCUGAUUUAUUUCAUUCUAGUACAUCAUUGCUACCUUGUAGAUCUGCAGGGCAUCUACAGUCUUUUCUGAUAGGCAUUUAUGUUUAACUUGUAUAGUGAUGAACGUAGCUAGUCAGCCCUGUAGUUGUAAGGAAAGCUGUGAAUAUUCUUUGGUAAUACUCUGAAGGUGAGCUUCAGGUCCUUCUGAAACACACUGUGGUGCCAGUACUGGAAGGCAGGUUUUAAAAAUUCCAUGUAGUGUGAGCUUUAUUGAAGAAGUAUGAGAGGUCGGUGUAUAGGCAGGAUCUGGCCUUACGUUGCGGUGGUUAAGAAUCAUACCAUGCUAGACAUUUGAAACAAGGCUGCAGAACUACUGUGGAUGUAGUAUAGAUAAAAUGCUUGGCGAAAAUGAGGGUACCAGCAUUUAUAUGCAGCAGUUACAAAUGUCCUAGCAUGUAUCAAGUGUUUAGGAUAGUGCUGAGAAUUGGACAUCUUUUUGUGUUGCUGUAGAAGGAAAACAGAAAAUGUCACAAAGCAAUGCAUUCUUGUCCUUCCCAGUGUCCAGUUCAUAUAUGCUCACAACAUUCAUUUCAAUUGUUUAAGUACUGUGCUUGAGUGUAGUAUUUGUGUUACCUAAACAGGAGUGUUUUAUGCUUAUAAAAAAGACUAUAUUUAUUUAAAGCAUUGCUUUUAUUUUGAAAAGCUACUUUUUAAAUUAAUUUGAUUAACAAAUAUGCUAAUUUUCUGAACUUAGCAAAAAGUAAUUGUUUAAAGUUUGACCAUUGGAGAAUCUUAUAUAGCUACUGUGUUAAGUUAUUUUUGACUUCUUAGUAACACUAUUAUGUUCAUGUUGCACAUUUCUGAGAGAGUAAAGCUAUGAAACAACUUUGAGCCAUGUUUUUAAAGUGAUUUAAGACAGAAAGUAACCAGUGAGACUUGAAGUGGGUGAGUUGCUUGUGGGAGGAGAUACUGCUCCAGCAGGAACCAUAUUACUGCAAAGGUUGUAACUCAGAUACUAUAAAUACCAUUUCAGUAAAACUUGCUGUACUUACUAAGAUGCAGUCCUAAAUCCUCUGUUUAUCUCCCUAUUAGACUAUGAAUGUAUUUAGCUUUCAGUUAGAUUUGGAGAGGAGUGUCUUGUGUUUCAUGUGAGACAUAAAUCCCAGAUCAUGGUGCAUGGUUACAUUUUACCCUCCUGGAUCACCUUCUUUAUUUCAUUGUGGGUUGUGUUUAUAUGAAAAACAGUACUUGACCUUCAGCAUUAGUUAGGGAGGAUGGAAAUAACUAGCCUAAUGUCAUCAGUUGUGAAGGAAGCAGUCUCUGUCUCUCAAUCUUUCUCUCAGAAGGUCAAGGUUGCUACAGAAUAGGAGAAAUGGGCAUACUUUCUGUGAUGAAGUUGCAAAGAGGUGUACCACCCAUUCUAUGCAUAUUUGCUGAAGCAGAAGAUGGUGGCUAGCAAGAAAUCCCACAGCACACAGUACACGUACCUGUCAUGCCAUGUUUAACAUUCAUAUCAGGUCCUGCGCCAAGCUCAUAACUGUGUGACAUUCUGUGCUUAAACACAAGGAUAAAACUCUGGACAGUCCUAUGCUGCUGAGGCCAGGUUGAUCCUGGCAUUGGGAGCUACAGCCAUGCUCCCUCCAACAAGAAGAGAGAGAUCAGCAGCACCUUACCUUUGCACACCUUUCAAAGUCACUGGGAGAGGAUGCAAAAGUGAUGCCAGCAUAAUAAAAAUUCAGUCUUGAAGGAGAACAUGUGGAAAGAUCAUAUCCAGCAUUGGUGCAACAACACGUAAAGGACUGUCUGGCCCAUCAGGAGGGAUUUCAUGACAUGCUUUCUGGAGUGGCACAACCUUCCCUUUGCUCCAUGUCAGUAUGAUUUCCCUGAUUUCCUUCCUGAAUGGACAGAUAUUAUCAUAGCAAUUACUUUUGUGGAAGUUACAGUAGGAAAUGAUACAGGUAUGUGCAAUUGUUUACAGUGUGAUGGCGAGGAGAAAUCAGGGAGCUCUCAGUGGACUGACAUGCAAGGUGUCUGCUGGAGAAGAGUACAAGUGUGAAUUUACCUUGGUUCUUGUUCUCACUCUGACACCAAGUUUGUGCUCUUUACAGUAUUUUUUUGUCUGUGUGUCAUUCUCUCAUCUGUAAGAUAGGACUAAUUAUUUUUCCUUUCCUAAGUAUGGGUUAGGUUAUAGAUUUCUAAAACUCCCUUAACUGUGCUGAUGCUCUCAGGUGGAGAUCCACACUGUGUUCGGGCUGUCCUGUACCACCAGUGUCUUCCAAGUCGUCUCCUACUGGUGAGGAUAGGGAAGCCAGCACGUGCCACAAGGGCUGAGCCCCAACUUGUUCUCCUCUCCCAAGGGCAUUGCAUCUGCAGCACUCAGGAGCAUGCUGUCUGCUCACUGGUGUGUCAGGCACUUACUAAACCACACCUUUGGUUGAGUGUGGCAGAGAUUGCCACCUCACAGGUGUUCCUGCGGAUUUCCCAAGAAAACACAGGGUGAGUGGUUUAGAGAGGCCUUGACAGCCACUUUCCUGCAACAAGGCUGCAGUGUGACCUCUGUCUAUGUGUGGCACCACCACGCAGGGAAAGUAGAUGCGGAGGGUUUCACUUGCAUUUUGUUUUUUGUAUAUGUGAAGGAGUCUCACCUUGAGACACUGAAGAGGAGGCUGAAUUAGUCCAGCUGUUUGUGGACCUAGAUAUCAUCUGGGAUAAUUCUUUACCAAAGUUCACAUGCUUGCUUGACCAGCAGGACUGACUCCCUUCCCCUCCCUCUCCUGAGCUCAGUAUGAGUUAAGGUAACAUGCUGCUUUCCUUCUUUCUGUAUCAUUUUCAUGGAUUUUAUUCUGUUUUUAAAGGGAUAAUACAACUUCCCAGCAUGAACAAGGUGAGAGCUUUGCACAUUCCUCCUUUUGAGAUUAACCUCCCAAAAUAGAUUGUUACCAGGUAAUUGCAUGCAUGGAGAGAGCUUUCUUUUAUAACAAUCUAUCUCUUCUGCCUGUCUGUUCAGACUAAAACAUUAGGUCAUCGCCUCCUUGGCCUUCAUGCCAGUCCAACAGUGGCAGAUAGUGGCCUUACACUGACUAACUCAAGGAACUCCAUGAAACAAGAAAGUGACGGGGUUGCAGGAGCAAUCUCUUCCUGCUUGCUGCAGGACUGGGAGUAGUGGUCCCAGCUCAUGCUGCUGCAGCAGCAGGUGAUGUACACAUUCAAUAAAUCUGAGACUUACCUCUUGUAAAGUACAGAGUAUAACAGGGGCAAGGUGACUGAUAAGAUACAAAAACAUCUGGGCACAGUGAAUGGGCAUUUGGGAACAGAAGGUUAUUUAAUCGUUUCAGGCCACGGGAUUCACUCCAGAAAUACUUUAAAUCUCCUGGAGUACAUGAGAAGUGGAUGUGAUAGGACCAGUGCUGCAGGAACAGUUAUUUAAGGGAUGAUUUUGAUUUUGUUUCACGUUUAUCUGCAGCUGGCUGUGGCUCAGCUGGGGCUGGUAAACCUGUGUGCUGAGUGUAUUACCCAGUGCUGCAGAAAUGGGGGAAUGAAAUAUGGCUUAGAGAGGCUUGAGCUAUGUUAUUGCUGUUUUGGGGGUCACUGAUAAAAAUUGUUCUUCACUUUCCAAAUGCAAGAGAAAAUCCUGCAUGUGGUUGCACCUGUAAUGCUUGGCGGCAUUACAGCCAUCUCGUGGAAGAAAAGGAAGGUGGUGGGGAUGGAACUGAGAGGAGCUCAGAGGUAGAGGGUAGAGGAAACUACAGGCACUGAGAUGUUCCCAUCACCUCCCAGGGCAGGUAUGAAAAUCCCAGGGUAUCCCACUGUAUCAGAAUAGUCUAGAACCAUCUUUUGGGUUCCCAUUCACAGGCUAAGGCUGAGUAGUCUUCUGUUUGCUUUCCACAACAGAUCUCUGGAAAAAAAAAAGAAAAAAAGUUUGCUUUUUAAAUUAACGUUGAGGAGUAUGGGAGUUCAGUAACCGAUAUGUGAGCAGCUGGGCCAGAGAAGUGAUGCAAGAGCUAUCCCAGCAGCUGUUCCUGUGCAACAGAAAACACUGUGUGAACAUGCCCUGACCAAAUGGGUCAUGCUUUGAAUGCAUUUUUUCUGCUCUCUUUGAUUGUUUGAAGUAGUUUAUGAAAAAUAAAUUGUUUUUACAUCUAA